AUGUUCGCCUCUGCUUCCAACGCGGGCACAGGCGCGCCGCUGGGAUCUGGAUUGGCCCGAGGCACAUCGCCCUUGCAGUACACCGCCUCCGCAGGCGGAACCAACACCACUUCAACACCGUACGACAGUUCUCAGUCAUCCUCAGCAGCAACCCCACCUUUGGGUGCCACCAAAAUCCUCUAUGUUCACACCGACCAUUUCUCAAAACGAGACUUCUUGAUCGACCCAGCCUUCUUCCCCAAUGUCCAGCCAAACGACCUAUUCGAGAUUUACGACCCAGCUCUCCCAAAGGAAGCUCAAAAGAAACUCAUUAUUCAGUGGACAGGGCCUGACAACAACACUCUACUCAAAGCCCCUGUCCAGGUGUCUCUAACUCACAGUAUUGCCAAAGUAUUCGGCCUGUCACCGCGUCAGGAUGUCAUCGUUCAAAGGGUGGAUCCAUCUCAAAAUGCCGCCAAGUACGUGGAGCUGACAUUCAGGGACCAAUACGUUGGACGGAGCGAUAUGUGGCGCUUGAGGACGAGCCUUGUGGGGUCUUGCGUGUAUGAAAGCAAAAAGAUUGUGUACCUGGGAUGCAUUCGCGCCCAGGUAAAAGAGAUCUACGUCGGCAACCAAUCGGUUCCUAGUGGAUACAUUUCGUCUGACACGAGGAUCAUCUUCCGCUCAGAGUCUGCAAAGUACUUCAUUUUUAUCCAAAUGUCCCGCGAGAUGUGGGAGUUUGAUGAAGAUGGUGACAUCUUUUUCGAGAGGGUCAUUUUCGGAUUUUUGCCUCAACUUUUUGCUCGCUGGCGAGGAAAGAGAGACGGCAAGUCUGAGCUGGAAGCCCCCACCAACCACGUCGUCUCUAUCGUACUCUUUUCAAGGAUUUUCUAUCAGGAGGAAGAAGAGGCGAGAUUUCGGAUUGACGGCUAUCCAGGCGAUCAAACAGGGCUGCAGCGGGAUGAUGAAGGACGCUAUUACCAGGACUUUUACAAGGUCGUCAUCGAUUGGGAGGCGCGCACAGACUGGACGACAGCUAUCAUUCCGCUCAAGGAGGAGGUCAUGCGAUACCAGCGCGAUAUUCUCCUGCGUCCGGCCGGGCAGUACUCAAUCUUGUCCGGCGAGAACUCGUUCGCGUUCGAAGGAAACGUUCUCGAGUCGAUCAAUCUUGCGCUCAACUCACUGGACAAGCAUUAUGUCGACCGUGAUUUGCAGCGGACAGGACUCUCGAUUGUCAUGAUCACGCCCGGCUCUGGGAUGUUUGACGUCGACAAGCGACUUUUGCGCCUAACGACCGAGAGGAUGAUUAGCGGAGGAAUAGGUCUCGACAUGAUCUGCCUGUCCAAGAUCCCGGCGCACAUCGUCCCUCUCUUCCGGUGGAAAGGCCCAGCAGCGGACUCCAAUGGACUCACAGCAAUGAACCACGCAUCAGGUCACUCGCCCUCAAACUUCAGCAUGGCCAACAACAACGGCGGAAACUUGAUGGUUCGCUCCGCUAGCAACUACUCGCGCCCCAACUCUCGUCCACCUUCCAUCAAAGACUCUUCUGCAGAGGGACGGCCAACGACAUCGUGGACCCGCGCCUUCAAAUCGCCGAUCCCUAGCCCAAUGCCGGAGGUACAGCUCGACAUGUCGGACCCUCUUUACUACGACGCACCCGCGACCUUCCCAUCAUCGCUCACCAAAACCUACUACAUGAUGCCGCACUGGGUCGACUGUAUGUUUUACGUUAGCUCACAACGACCCAACACCCAAAAGUUUUAUACCCGCUGCAAGAUGUACGAGCUACAGAUGAUGGGCAUCAUGGAGCACGAGAUCUCCAGCAUCUCUAUACCCUAUCUCAACGAGAGCUACAACCCACAGUACGUCACCUCAUUCGGAAAGAGACUGAGCACAUCGGACGCCCUCAACCUCCGAACCAACUUUGCCAAGCCUGUUGACUUUGACAAGCACGAUGACGACCUUCUCUCCGACUCGAACUCGCUUUUGGCGGCGGAGCUAAAGCAGCUGAAAGCGGGCUCUGGAACUCCUACUCGCGGCAUGAUCAGGGACGCACUAUCGCUUGACAACAUUGAAGCGUCUGCAGCACGGAAUGGAAACAGCGCCCGGCGUAACUACGACAACUACCUCAAUGGCGGAACGGCGCACCAAUCGAUAUCCAACCACCACAGCAAGAUGACCAGCGAGUUGUCCCAGAGUCUGCCAAGAGUAUGGAAUACGUCAACCAUGCUACCACCAAACGCCAUCCAUGAGAACCCCACCCUACGAGACCUUGCCGGAGCUACAUCUAGUCGGGUUUCAUUCUCCCUCAAGAGUGCCAACGGCUUCCUAGAGGAGAGUCGAGCGUCAAAGCAAGCAGAGUACGAAGGUCAGGGCGAGAUGAAUGUACACCGCGGACUUCAAGAUGACUCAACCGGUGAGCAAGCGAACUAUGGUCGGACAUCCCAGCAUGGCAACAUCGACAUCAAGUCGAAACCAGUUCACAUUCGCGCGAGCACUGACGACGAUCCAGGAUUUCUGAGUUCGAGCACUGUCAAACCGAUCUACAUCUCUCGAAACUACAGGUCGUUACAGGAUGAGGCCCAGUCGGAGGUUUCAGGUGCGGACUCGUGCAACACCGGCUCCCUCUCGAGCGACAAGGGUAACCGGACAUACAUUUCCAAUCCCGCAGGAUCAGGUGGGCGGAUUAUCCAGACACGCCAGAAAUCCAAGCAGACGUACAUCAACCCCUGCAACCCGCCCAAGACUAUAAUCCGCAUGACAUCGCACCUGCGACGCUGGCAACACGCCUUUCCACGAGUGAGAGCUCGUUCUGCUUCUCCGAACCUGAUCAGGAGUGAUGUUUAUACCGAUGGGCUGUCGAACACGGAAGCCUGGAGGGGGUUGAUGUCACCUGCAUCGCUGCCGUUGACGACCGAUUACUUCCCCAGCAAGGAAGAGCUACAGGAUCUAUACUCUGAGUACAUCCACACGAUAUCUCUCAGCGAGGACUGGGGGAGCUACGGAGCGAACGAUCAACAACGCCGCAUUAAGGCCACCAACCUCAUGAAGGAGCUCAUCUAUCAUCGCCUGGCCCAAGGAUUCCAGCUCAUUGUGGGGAGCAGCAACUCGUCGUCCAAGAUCAAAAAAUCUGACAUUACUCUCACUAACGGCGACAGGAACGGUGAAUCGGAUACUACCGCGACCAACGGAAAAGUGACUGAACAGGAUUCGGCAGCGUACGAGUUCCCAAGCAAGGACGUCGACACCAUCAACAGGACGAUUUCCACGAGUGCUCUCAAGGACAAGGCCUGCUAUUUGAGCAUGGGACAGCAGGUUCAGCGACUGUCGAUCGAUGCCGCAGACGGAAAUGUGGAGGUCAAGCGAUACGAGCGACGCCUUGGUUAUAAGCCGGAGAACAUCAAGUACCAGUGCGUUAUCUGGGCCAAACAGCUGUCGGGAUACAUGCCACGGGACCUUACAUUCGCCUACCCGUCUCUCUCCCAAUACCAGUGGAACUACUUGGACCAUCUUGUUUCUGGAUACCAGGACGAACUUACAGAGGAGCUGAUGUACUGGCGAGCCCGAUUUAUCUUGAUCCCGAUGGAACAUGUCGUGACCAACAACCUCACGAACGUUGCAGGAGAGGUUCUCGACGAUGAGGAGAUUCGUCUGGCCGGCUUCCAAAAGUUCUUGGACCUUUUUCAGAGAGCACGUUUUGUCGAUCCCGAUGGCGAGUCAUCUCCAACAUCCUCUAGGAAGCAGGACCUCACUGUCAAGGUUCAACUGAUCACCUGCAGCUUCGCAGCAUGGGCGUUAUCCGAGUUGUCGAAGAAGGAGCAUGAGAACGGUCAGUCACCCACCUCAAAUAUCACCACCACCUCCGAGUCCGAAAAACUGAACCGCAACUCCAAGAUCCAGGUCAUUGCGACGGCGAUCCAGAACCCAUUGACCGGCAUCAAGCUCCAGGACCGACGAUGGCAUCUCCGCGUAUACAACAGCGUGUUCUUGGGCAACGAGGUCGUCGACUGGCUAAUCCAUCACUUUGUCGACAUUGACACUCGCGAAGAGGCUACGGAGUUUGGAAAGAAGCUGUUCGACAAAGGCCUGUUCAUCCACUGCCUCGGCAAGCACAACUUUAUGGACGGCCAUUACUUCUACCAGUUCUCGGGAGAGUAUGCACCCGCUGGGAAGCAGACUCGGGGAUGGUUCAGGAACACGACCCAAUCGCUUACUCGACGGGAUGUUGAUCUUGACAAGUUGAGGGACAAGGAGAAGGAAAAGGACAAGGACACCGACCCCUCAUCCGAGAAGUUGGCGCGACCUCCCUUGAAGCCGACUUCCGCUACUGGAUCCACUACCACCCUAGGAUCUGCUUCUGGGCCCACCACUAACGCCACCACCACUGGGAUCGGUGCCACAACUCAGUCCUCGACCAACGCGGUUCCUUCGUUCAGAGAACGCAUGGAGAUGAUCCAGAAGAUGGCGCCCCUCAAGAAGGUCGAUAUGUCCAAGACGAUCACCAUCGAUGUUGACCCCAAUAAGCGCAGCGAGCGACGAGAGACAGCGACCUUGCACUAUGACCUCGCCCACAACAUCAAGCAUUGCUUCCACUUCCAACUCCAUUGGCUUGGGUGCACCGCCCGUUUGAUCGAAGAGAUGCUCCAGUCCUGGGGGCGAACAGCUGAGAGAUGUGGUCUCCGUCUCAUCGAGGCACCUAUCGAACAAGACUCCCAAGGGCGUGCCUUCAAUCCCUUCGAGAGUCCAGUCCCGAUCAAGUUGGCUCUGCGUCCACCGCCUACCAAGGGCUUUUUCAAGCCAGCGUCCUCGUUGGAUCCCCUCACCGAGCCCGUUCAGGUCCCUAAACUGCAUUUCCUAACAGAGUUGGUCAAGUCCCAUGGCUUUAUUCUCGACAUGGAAUCCGAUGAGUUGUACCCACCUGCAGCCCAACUCAACUACUCUUACAAGCGCGCGCCUUACAGGAACAUCCAGUACGUUCAUCGGUCAGGAGUUGCAUUUAUCCAGAUCUCGUACAAUGGCCCUCACGAGUUUUUCUGGGUAAACAAUCGUUUGUUGACUUCUCACUCUAUCCCUGCACCUGAGCGAGACCGAGCAGACUGGGAUCGACCUAAAACUGGCGGCACCAGUAACCAAGAAGGAGGCAGUGGUGGCGGUUCGUCGUCGAGCAAGAGCGCGUCUAAUCAUAUCCCCAAUCCCGAGGUACUGAGGAGAAGGUUUACGGCAAUGUGUGAGGAUAAGGAGGAGCUGGCCAAGAUCUGGGGAGAAAUCUCUAGUCAUCUCGAGACCAUCUCUGGCAUUCAGGAUAUCUUGGAGGAUGUCCCUGACGAGAGUGUGGCUGAGCGUGAGGGUUUGGCGUGGGUUAUGCCCUCGCUCGCAGCGCCAAGGCGCAAGUCGGACGCGAACCUCGAUGUUGCUAUCGAUGGCCCGAACGCGCUGGGCGAGGAUGGCAGUGCUGGCACGGAUGUCGAGGCUGUACCUCCUGCGGUUCCUGUUAGCGUGCCGAUCAUCCGUAUCGACAUGGACCCUGCUUCACACGAGGAAGAUCAGAAACGAGCGGAGGCUGAGGGAGAGACUAAGCCUGAACCGUCCUCAGAAGUCGAGACGUCGACAGCAGACCAAGAACAGCCGAUAAAGGAACAAGAUCAACCUGUCCCCGUUGACGUUUCUGGCGACGCGGUGGAGAGUGCUGUUGCUGAAAGCGUGCCGGAGACGACCAAGAUCCAAGUGGUCAAGCCAACUCCGGAGGCUACUACGGAGACGUCAGGCCAGGCAGCAGCAACACAUGAAGAGACACAAGAGCAGAUGAUCAAAAGGCCGUUUUAA